AUGGAGACCGAGCACUAUAAAGCGUCGGUGCCGCCACCCAAAGCCACAACCUCGUCGGCAUCUUCAACGCCACAUCGACAGAUUCGUAGGAGUUCAACACUCUUUCAACGCAUCCUCGUGGCGUUUUGUGUCAUCGCGCUCUACCUGACCAUGUCAACAUUCAAUAGCAUGACUACCGCGGACGCCAAUCUAUCACAAUAUACAGAGUCGAUAUUCCUACCCUACAUCUACAAGUUCAGUCCAAAACAUGUACCGCAGAUACAAACGACCAUCGAGGAUGUGGAGAUCGAAAUGCCGGUGGACACUGGCAGCACAAUGACGCUGAUCGGCGCAUCAAUCCUACCCAACAUCGACAAGAGCAUAGGAACCCCAGCCCAUCAUUUCUUUACUAGCAGUAAGAUUCUGUACGUGGGGCGUCUUGUAGAGUUGCCAAUCACAUUCCACGGAGAGGGUGGCUCGCAAGCCGUUGCGAAGGUACCAAUACUUCUGGUCGACAAGAGCUGGACCUGUCCAUGGUAUGACCCAAGCACACCUGCGGGCCAGUUUAGAUGCCCUCGAGGUCCGAAUGGUGAAGAUGCUGUGGUGCGAGACACGUCAAAGAUAACGUACAUGGGCGUUGGCUUCGGUAGAAACGGGCCAAGGGACGGUAUGCCGUAUGCUUCGCCGAAAGUGAACGCAUUUCUGAACGUUGAAAGAAUCAACGGACGAACCGUAUCUCCCCAGUCUAUGCGACUUGGAUACGAGAUUUCCUCGUUGGGUGUGCAUCUUGGCCUGACACAAGCAAUAGCCAAGGACUAUGCGUUUACAAACCUUGAGCGUGGGUUGACGCAUGACAAGGACCCGAGAGAUUGGGCUAUGGUGAAGAUGUGCUUCAGCGUUGACGGCAAGGGCCAGCACUGCGGUCCUGGACUUGUCGAUACUGGUAUCGCGCAGAUGUAUAUUCGAGCUGAGGAGGGGUUUACGAUACCCCAGAUUUUCAUCCGCAACCCGAACCAGAACGGUACAGCGAAGAUGGUGAAGCGGGUAAAGCCUGGGACGAAGCUGACCCUGGGGUUUCCAUCGUUGGCGACGCCCGCUAUGUCGUACUCGAUUGUGGUCGGUGCAGGCUCACCGAUGGAGCCAAGCUAUGUCUUUCCGGAGACGUCGCUGCGACCACCGUUUGUCAACACGGGACGCAACCUCCUCUGCGGCUACUCGAUAGCCUUCGACGCGGUUGGUGGGCGAUUCGGCUUCCGGUCUGCAGGCGAUGCCUUUAGCUCUUCUCCUUGUUUGCUGUAG